AUGGUGUCGAUUUGGAGUGUUUUCCAGUCUCUGGACCCCUUCCUGGAACCUGCACACAUUUGUCAGACGUUUUUUAUCCUGGCAGCAUCAGCUGUGCUCGCUGUAGCAGCUACACCACGAUCCGCGCGUGGAUUACUUACGCAAUACGGGGCCCGAAGUUCAUCACCUCCACGAAAAGACGGACCGGGCGGCAAUGCGGCAGGGGACAGAUUCACGGACUUCAUCAGCUGGGUCACAUCUAUCGGCAAUGUACCGCAUUCAUGGUUCAUUCAUUUCUACGUCUUGUCCGUGACAAGCUCAGUAUUCUGGGCUGCCCAGUAUUUUCUUCAUGGCUCCAUUUUGGAUGCUGUUGCCCAGAUUCAAGGCACUUGGAGUUCGUCACCAUCAAUGACAAUACACCAGGUCCAGCUGGCCUGGCUGCUCAUGGCAUUACAAGGUGCCAGACGACUAUCUGAAUGUUUGUUUGUCAUGCGCUCCUCGUCCUCUAGAAUGUGGGUCGUCCACUGGUUGCUCGGCUGCGCAUACUACCUCUGUAUGGGGGUUGCGGUGUGGGUUGAGGGAUCCGAUGCGAUUCUCCGAUCUGAUCGAUCCUCACACCUGGGCUGGCCUUCGGUCAAGGAGCUCAUUGGCUUGUCGUCCUUUCUGCUUGCUUGGUCAAUGCAGCACAGAUGUCACAAGCAUCUGUCGGACUUGGCGAAAUAUUCUCUUCCCAACAGAGGAAUGUUUCGGUACUUGAUCUGCCCACAUUAUACAUGUGAAUGCCUCCUGUACCUCUCGCUUGCUAUUGUUGCAGCACCAGAAAAGCAACUGUUCAAUAAGACACUUCUGUGCGGCUCGAUAUUCGUUGCAACCAACCUUGGUGUUACUGCCGCCGGGACCAGGAACUGGUAUGCUGGUAAAUUUGGCGAGGAGAUGAUCAUAGACAAGUGGAACAUGAUACCGCUCAUCUACUGA